AUGUUACUGAAUGAAAAUGUGAUUGUAGUACCUGAUAAAGACAGUGGUGCUUUAUCAGUGGCUGGUCCUGUUAGUGAUGUCAACAGACUGGAGAAAUCUCUUUCUGAAAUUAUUAACAAGAUUGCCAAAACGAUCCACAGAGAGAAAUCAAGUAAAACCGAAGAGAUCAAAGUGUCACCAUCAGUUUUCCAUCUGCUGUGUCAAGAUGGCCUCAUGGACAAACUUCUACUUGUGUAUCCAGAACUCAAAUUGGCACCAGAGAGUCCUAAUCUGAAAAUAACUGGUUUAGGGGAAGAGAUUAAUGCAGCAAACAAAGUUAUAUUUGAUGCAGUACUUGCAUUAAAACGACAGAAUCUGGAAGUAGAUAAAGAUGUGCUUGAACUGUUGAAGGAUGAGCAACAAGAGGAGCUUACAGAUGCUCUCCUCACAUCUCAUCGAAUAAACGCAGCGUUUGAAAUCAGUGGAAACAGGGUGCAGCUCCUUGCUGUUUCUGACAGAGAUCUGUCUCAUGCUCAGGACCAUCUAGGACAGCUGUUAACAACUCAGUACAUUAAUGUUGAAGACAGUAAUGUCCUGAAGAAGCCAGAGUGGCAGCAGCUGGUCAGUCACUUAGAGCAGGCUAACAGUGAGCCAUGCAGAACUCGAAUCAACACAACUGCUCAACAAGUCGUGGUGUCAGGCUACAAGGAUAGUGCCAUAAAGGUUCAGCAUCAGCUUGGUGUCUUCUUAACACAGAACGCUCACAUUGAAGAAACUGUUGUGGUCAAAGCUAAUGCUGUCGUUAAAUACUUGGAAGAGUUCAACACAUCUUGGAUGGAGAAAGUGAAAGACAAGGUGAGAGUGUCCUACAGAAAUGAGGCCAUCUGUCUGAGUGGAUCCAGAGUGAAUGUGACACAUUGCAAGACUGUGGUUGAAGGUGCCGUCUCUGCUGUAGUCUUUGACAAUCUGAAUGUCUUCAAACCUGGAGUGAAGAAGCUCUUCCAGGAAAAUGAAGCUUAUUUUUCCACAAUCAAAACUAAAACUGGUUGCCUGGUUCAACUAGUUGAUAAGCCAGGUGGUGGACAAGACAACGUUAAACAAGUACCAACACCUUUAUACCAACUUAAGAUGCCUGGAGGAGUAGAAAUCGCUGUUUACAAGGCAGAUAUGUGCAGUUACCCAAUGCAGGCAGUUGUGAGUCCAUUUAAUCAAGACUUGAAACACAGUACUGGUCUUGCAGCAGCACUUUUGAAGGCUGCCGGCCCUCAGUUACAAGAUGAAUUUUACAAAAUGAAAAAAACAAAGGGUCAACUCAAGCCAGGAGACUGUGUCAUAACUGAUGCAGGAGGAACACUUUGUUGCCAAAAGGUCAUCCAUGCUGUGGCACCCAAGUAUGAAAAACCACAGCAAGCUUCAGCUCAGUUGAACAAAGUUGUUAAAGGAAGCUUAGAAGCCGCUGAAAACCACGGAUGCAUCUCAGUAGCUCUUCCAUCUAUUGGCAGAGGAAUGCGCUGCUUUCCCCUCAAGCAGUGUGAACUCACCAUUGUCAAAGCAGUGAAGGAGUACUGUUAUGAGAACUAUGAUGACAUCAUCUUGCAGAAGAUCCAUUUCGUGAACAAUGACGACAUUGCUGUUCAGGAUAUGGUGGCUGCUGUCAGGCAGGAGUUUGGAAACCUUAGUGACACUCAUUCUCAACAAACUCCUCAUCUCACUGCUCCCACACAAUCAGUAUCACAGUCUACUGGAUCUGACCUGUGUCUGAAUCCUGUGCAGACCAAAGAAGGCGUGGACAUCGUUCUUACAAAGGGAAACCUAGAAGCUUCCACGACGGAGGUGAUUGUGAACACUGUGUCUUCAGACCUUGACCUCAACACAGGUGCAGUCUCACAAGCCAUCUUGCGUGCAGCUGGACCCAAACUUCAGCAGUUAGUAGAUGCGCAGGGUGCUACUGGAAAUGUUGGUGAGAUCAUUAUUACUGAUGGCUGCCAACUAAAAAGCAAAAAAGUCUUUCAUGCAGUCGCACCUCACUAUAAGGAUCAAGCCACAUCUGAAAAGACUUUGAGAGGAAUCUUUAAGGACUGCUUGAACAUGGCAGAGGAUAAUAAUCUAACCUCCAUAUCCUUAUCAGCCAUUGGUGCUGGAAACCUGGGUUUCCCAAAAGAUCGUGUAGCCUCUUUGUUGUUGGAUAAAAUCUUAGAGUUUAGCAAAAAGAAACACCCCAAGCAUCUGAAGAAGGUCGUGAUUGUACUUUACCCCAGUGAUACACAAACUAUCCAGGCUUUCAGUGAUGAAUUUCAGAAGAAGUUUCCCAGCGCCUCAAGUGGUUCAACAAGUUCUACACAAAGAGGCCCCUUCUCUAAAAUCACCUCAACCUCAGACAUGCAUGAGACCAAAAUGGGCAAUGUGACUAUACAGGUAGUAACAGGAGACAUAACCAAGGAGACCGCUGAUGUCAUUGUCAACUCCUCCAAUGAAAACUUUACUCUUAAGUCAGGAGUGUCUAAAGCUAUUCUAGAAGCAGCUGGUCCGGCUGUUGAAGUGGAAUGUCGCAACCUUGGUGCUGAGCCCAAUCCAGGCAUGGUAUUGACGAGCCCCGGUAACCUGAAGUGUAAAAAGAUCCUCCACCUGGCUGGACAGACAGACCCAGUAAAAAUCAACAAGACUGUGAAAGAUGCACUCCAGUUAUGUGUGAAAAGCUCUUUCACCUCUGUAUCAUUUCCUGCCAUUGGCACAGGUCAAGGCAAUGCACAGGCAAGACUGGUGGCUGAUGCCAUGUUGGAUGCAGUGACUGAUGUGUUGAGCCAAAACACUGCCAGCCCCCUGACUAUAGUUCGCAUAGUUAUUUUCCAGAAACCUAUGCUUAAAGACUUCCACAGCAGUAUGCAACAGAGGGAAGCUGCUGAUCCCGAUUCUAAGGAUAAAGCAGGGUGGACCUGGGGAUGGAGCAAAUUCAAAUCAAUCUUUACUGGUGGAAGUGCUGACAAACCAAAGAAUGACAAGGAUUUUGUCAUUGACAGUCUGAAAGUGGAGGCUACUUGUUUCCACAUUUGCGGUGACACACAAACCAGUGUUGACUCUGCAAAGAAAUGGAUAAAUGACAAGAUAUCCCAAGAAUAUCACAGCAUGGAAAUUGGAGACAAUGCCAUCCUUUGUUUCUCUGAUGCAGAUCGACAGAAAAUUGUUGACAUGCAGAAGACCAUGGACAUCAGCAUAAGGACUGAAAGCAACAAGCCAAAAGCCACAAUCACUAUUGAAGGACUCAGCAGGGAUGUGCUCAAAGCUAACACUGAAAUCAUUAAAAUGAUGAGCAGGGUGAGAGACGAGGAGGAACUAAACAGGAAAGUGGAGCUGGCCAGCGCUGCGGCAGACUGGCAGUAUCAGCAGUCUGGGUUCCAGUUUCAGAGUUUUGAUGAAAGGACCAACUUCUACCUCGAGGAAGCACUGCAACAAAAUUUACAAACUGUAAAAGUUACAGUCAAGGGUCAAGAUUACACUGUCACCAUGCCAAAAGGACCUGCAACUGACAGCCAGGGAAAUAUCCUGGAGAUAAAGAGAAUUGACAAGCUAAAAGGUGAUGUUCCUGAAAACUGGGAACAAAUGAAACCUAACGCCACCAAUCAGGCUUUCCCAUUACAAGCUGGGACAGAGGAGUAUGAUGAAAUCCAGAAGCUGUUCCAGGCCUCAUGCAAACAAGCCAUUAUCAAGAUUGAGAGGAUCCAGAACCCUACAUUGUGGAGCGGUCUACAGGUUAAGAAGCGUGACAUGGAGGGGAGAAAUGGUCACCAGAACAACGAGAGACGUCUUUUCCAUGGCACCUCCGAGGACACUGUGGCUACCAUUAAUGACCGUGGCUUCAACAGGAGCUUCGCUGGAAAGAAUGCUGCAUGCUACGGCAAUGGAACUUACUUUGCUGUCAAUGCAAGUUACUCUGCGAGCAAUACCUACUCCAAGCCUAAUCAGAACGGGGAGAAGUUCAUGUACGUCUGCCGAGUUCUGACUGGGGACUUUGCUCUUGGACAACAAGGCAUGAUUGUACCGCCACCAAAAGGCACCAGCACCAUUUCCACUGACCUGUACGACAGUGUUGUGGACAACAUGGCCAAUCCCAGCAUGUUUGUUGUCUUCCAUGAUAUCCAAGCUUAUCCUGAAUAUUUAAUUAAAUUCAAGUGAUGCAGCUAGUGAACAAGAUUGCAAAUCUUAACUAGAGAUCACCUUACGUCAUUACAUAUAAGGUGAUUACGUUACUCCAUAUUUUUAUUCUUGGACUCUCCCCGAGCCACAGUUCAAAAUGAUUACAUUAGAUGAAAGAUUUUAAUUUCCAGUACAUUAAAAAACAUGUAAGAACAUCAGCAUCAACUUGAUUUAACCAACUAUUAUACAAGCAUUAAUCAGUAAAUGGAAAAAAAUAUGAAAGCAUUACAAAACAAAAUUUGUAAUGCACUUUGUAACAAAGGUUUACAUGUUAAUGCAGGUAAAGCUCAGAUUAAGAAUCACUUUGAAAGGAAAGGUUUAAAAGAAAUUAGUUGCUGCUCACAUAAACAAACCUAACAAACAAAGCAGAAAUGAUCAAGCACAACAAUUGUUCUGAAUGUUUAAAGUAUAACAAAUUUAAAGUGGCUUAUGUAUGCUUGAUGUUGUCUCUAUUUUUUUCCUCUUGAAGGUAAGCUAUGAUUUUGAAUUUUUAGUUUUUUCAGUUUUCCAAAUAGCAUCUGUUCCAGAUUUCUUUCUACAUUUGAUCUUUUCAAUGUGUAUGUUUUUUGUUUUGAACCUGAAAAACAGAAGUGUGACUACUACGAGAGAUGCUGAUUAAAGUUUUGUUUCCUCCAGUCAGAAGUAAUAAAUAUUCAAUCUCUCUCUUUUAUCCAAUUCCAAAGGUUUGUGUAAAUUGAUUACAUAGUGUGAUCUAUUGAUCAAUGUGAUUUUUUUGAGCAGUAAAAUUGAAU